AUGACCAUGCUCGAGGCCCAAUUACAAAGUUCAGGCAAAUCAACUGAAUUCACUUCAACUUUCCUCAUCCAUACAUGGGUCCAAAACAAUGUCAAAAACUAUGGCAAUGUCAAAUUCAGGUACAUCGCGGUUGGGAAUGAAGUCGAUCCAUCAAAUCCCAACACAGCGCCAUUUCUUCUCCCCGCCAUGCGAAACGUGCGCACCGCUAUUGUUGCAGCUGGCCUUGGGAACCAAAUCAAAGUUUCCACUGCCAUCCUCACUGGAUUACUUGGAAAUUCCUUUCCUCCAUCAAAAGGCUCUUUUAAGCCUGAAAUUCGAUCGUUUCUUGACCCAAUCAUUGGUUUCUUGAAGAACAAUGGUGCCCCAUUGCUCCUUAACUUGUACCCGUAUUUCAGUUAUGCAGGCAACACCAAAGACAUUCGUCUUGAUUACGCUCUAUUCACAGCUCCCUCGGUUGUGGUGACGGAUGGCUCACUUGGGUACAGAAAUCUGUUUGAUGCUAUGUUGGAUGCUGUUUACUCGGCGCUUGAGAAUGCGGGUGGUGGCUCUUUGGAGAUUGUUGUGUCUGAGAGUGGAUGGCCUACAGCUGGUGGAACUGCUACAUCAAUUGAUAAUGCAAGGACCUACAAUAACAAUUUGAUUCAACAUGUGAAAGAAGGGACACCGAAAAAGGCUGGAAAGGGCUAUAGAGACUUACAUUUUUGCUAUUUUUGA